AUGUCACGCCCACAUGUGACGACAUAGACAGGCCCCGCCCCUGUGCUGUUCUGUGCACGUGGACCCGCCCCGCAGUUCCCGAGCUCCGGGUCCAUGAUCGGCCGGAGAGUCCUGUCCCGCCUGGUGUCUGCAGUAAUGGCUGGACCCAGACCUGUGGUGCUGAGCGGACCCUCCGGCGCGGGGAAAAGCACGCUGUUAAAGCGUCUGCUGAAAGACUAUGAAGGCGUGUUCGGAUUCUCUGUGUCCCAUACCACUCGGAAGCCCAGACCAGGGGAGGUUGAUGGAAAAGAUUAUCACUUCGUGACCCUCAGCGAGAUGGAGAGCGGGAUACAUAAUGGCCAGUUUAUAGAACAUGCCGUGUUUUCAGGAAACCUGUACGGGACCAGUAGGGCCGCGGUCCAGGUCGUACAGUCCCGGAACCAGAUCUGUAUCCUGGACAUAGACAUGCAGGGGGUCAAAAACAUCAAGAAGACCGAUCUGAAUCCCAUCUAUAUCUCCAUCCAGCCUCCGUCUGUCGACAUCUUGGAAAAGCGGCUUCGCGACCGGAAAACGGAGUCCGAAGAAAGUUUACAGAAGAGGCUGCAGGUGGCGAGACAAGAUAUCGAGAUUAGUAAGGAACCCGGCCUCUUCAAUGAAAUCAUUAUUAACGAUGAUUUGGAAGAAGCGUACUCCGACCUGAAAUCUGUCCUCCGAGAGGAAAUUGAAAAAGCUCAGACCUCGCAAGAUUCCUGACCGGGGCACAGUCCCGCCAUCCCCUGCCCUCUUACGCUGACAUUCCUACGAGUCCCCCGGCUGACUCCAUUUCCGUAGCGCAGUCUCUCUCCUCUCCUCCGCUCCGAUCUACGUGCAUGUUCCCUACAAUGCUCCGGUGACUGUUAAAUGCAAAUCUCAGAUCUC